AUGGAGCGGGCCGGGGCGCGGGGGCUGCGCGGCGGCGGCCGGCCGGGGCUCCGGCUCGCGCUCGGGCUGGCGCUGCUGCUGGCGCGGCCGCCGUCGGGCCGCGCGGGCGCCCCCGAGGCGCAGGAGCCCGCGGCGCCCGGCACGGCGGCCCCGGCCGGGGGCGACCGCUGCCGGGGCUACUACGACGUGAUGGGCCAGUGGGACCCGCCCUUCAACUGCAGCUCGGGCGCCUACAGCUUCUGCUGCGGCACGUGCGGCUACCGCUUCUGCUGCCACGACGGACCCCGGCGCCUGGACCAGAGCCGCUGCUCCAACUACGACACGCCGGCCUGGGUGCAGACGGGCCGGCCACCCGCGCGUGCCCGCGACGCCGCCGCGCCCCGGGACCCGGGCCGCGAGCGCAGCCACACGGCCGUCUACGCGGUGUGCGGCGUCGCCGCGCUGCUCGUGCUGGCCGGCAUCGGGGCGCGCCUGGGCCUGGAGAGGGCGCACAGCCCGCGCGCGCGGCGCACCGUCACCAGGACACUGACAGAACUUCUGAAGCAGCCGGACCCCCAGGAGCCGCUGCCUCCACCUCUGGGCCCACCUCUGGGUAGCUGUGUCCAGGUGCAGAUGGGGGAUGGCCUCCCCAGGGGCUCCCCCAAGAACACAGGUGUGCAAGCUGGUGGGCCAGCAUAUGUCGAUCCACAGCACAGGCCUGGGAGCAGAGGAAGGGGUGUGUUGAGGGACAAGAAACGCCCCAACAACGUGCCCCUGGGGUCAGCGACACCAGGACCCCUGCGUGGCCCCAGGCUGCAGGACGGCGGCAGCAUGACGCUGCAGAGGGACUACGCCAAGUACGCCACCCUCAAGGCAGCCGCGCUCAAGGCCGCAGAAGCCACCCCGCCGGACUUCUACCAGCGGUUCCCCGCGACCGAACCUGCCCCGCUGACCGUCCCGGCGCGGCCCCAGCGGCCCCGCGAGGACUUGCCGGCGCUGCUCGACGCCUGCCCCUGGGCCCCGCCGGGCUACGCGCCCCCCGCCGGCCUUGCUCCUUCGGGCCACUACAAGGCCUGGAUCGCCGGCCGCCUGGCCCGGCCCGCCCCCCGCGGCCACCUGGCGGCUCAGGCCUCCCCCGCACCCCGGCGGCCCGGCCACGCGCCCCGGCGCCAGUUCAGCGUGGAGAAGCCGCCCGAGGCCUUCGGCCCGCAGCCCCCUGGACUUUACGGCAGUGCAGGCCGCGGGCCCCGGCACCUGAGCACCAACAGCAAAGCUGAGGUCACCGUGUGAAGACAGCCGCUGGUUCUCCCGAAUCAUCGCAGUCUCCGGGGCGCCCUCAUCUGCCUGGAGGCCGCCGUGGGCCGGUUCCCGGGGCCCAUACCGUGGGGGAGGAGAGGCGCCGGCCGUUCCUGCCCUCAUGCCUGCCCAAACUGGACUGGGGCCUUGGAGCCUGCAGGGCUAAGAAGGGGCCCGCUGGGUGAGGCCAGUGGUUCUGUCCUUGGGGCCUUAGGGCCAGGGUUCCUCGUGUAAAUAUAAAGCCUUUUCUGUGGCUCCCAUCCCUGAGAAUAAAGGAGCCCCAGCUUGGCUCUGAGAGGCA